AUGGCUUCGAGAAGUGUCUGCGGAACGAAAUUGAAAUCCAGUCUCACCUCCGACACCCGCAUAUAUUGCGCUUGUAUAAACUGGUUUCACGACACCAAUCAAAUAUACCUCGUACUCGAGCCUGCCCCAGGAGGUGAGCUUUUUGAGUUGUUGCAGAAGCGUUGUCGGUUUUCCGAAGCCCGUGCCGCCUGGUAUCUUUCCCAGAUGGUGACUGCCUUGCAGUAUGUCCACUGCAAAAACAUCAUCCAUCGUGACAUAAAACCGGAAAACAUUCUUCUAGGCCUGCGAGACACUUUGAAACUGAGCGACUUUGGUUGGUCGGUGCACCUGGACGGACCGCUGCAAAAAAGAACCACUUACUGUGGGACAGACGCUUACAUGGCACCAGAGAUGCUGGACGAGCCUAGAUCUUACGGCAAGGAAGUGGACACGUGGGCCUUGGGAAUAUUGCUCUAUGAGUUCCUUCACGGAGAAGCGCCGUUCGAGAGCUACCAAAAUCCUCAGGAAACAUUCCGGAAGAUCAAGCACAAAGCACCUACAUUUUAUCUGGAGGACGUCAGGUCUGACGCGCGCGAUCUCAUCCUUGCUAUGCUGAAGAAAGAUCCCAAAGAGCGGCUUUCGCUAGAAGCGGCUUGGGAUCACAAAUAUCUGCAAGCGGUGAUGCGCGAUGAGCAGUUUUUCCAGACGCAGUACGGAGGUGUAGUUGCCCGGAUGCCUAUGCCAAAGAAGAAGAUGAAAAUGCUGGACGCAAAUAUGAAUUCCGAAGAAUACUAUAACUCGACCACGGGCGUAAACCCAUUCACGGGACAGCCAAACAACGCCUGUGGCGUCGGCGCCACCACUGGCAGUCCCGUCGUGCCCGGGCCGUAAGGCUUUAUCAAUCGUUUAUCGACCGCAGGAUAUGGAUAGAGUGGGACUUCUUCUUAUGAGUGACUAUGUAUAAACCUCGAAAAGCUCGCUCUCCGUCUCAGGUUUGCCUUCGCGAAAAUUGACGUCACUAACGCUAGAGCGGAAACAAAAGUAACGCAGAGAGUAGCGGAAAGCGAGAAGUUCGACAAGAGAUGAUUCUACUUCAUCACUCAGAUUUUGAUUUACCCCACCGAAUCAAUAAAGCUUUUUCCGGGGAUAGCAGUCAUUUUAUUGCUUUUGCUUGGAGGUCUUCUGUAUGAUAUGUUUAUCGCUAAAUGCUUCCUUUUCGGGAAAAACGCGAUGCCCCCACGUCCCCAUUCGCAAGAGAUCGAUUUCCUACCUUUUACAAAUGAAACCUAGGUGCAUUUCACCUCGAGUGAGUGAUGCUAUCAAAAACCACGUCGCGGUCGCCCACCACGGUGCAUUUAUUUGGCAGUUCCCACGAUAUUUUCUCAAUGCAGAACAACUAACUUUUCACCACUCUAUCGGAGGCAGUCAAGACCUG